AUGACGCUUGGCGGUGAAAGCCAGAACCAACUGGAAGCCGUCAGGUCGAAAACCAUCAUCUCCACCAGGACCACUACUACCAUCGGUACAUGGAAUGUUCGAACCAUGUACGAGACAGUACAAGUGGCUGCAGAGAUGAGGAGGUUUAACCUCACCAUCUUAGGAAUCAGUGAAUCAAGAUGGACUGGUUCUGGGCAGAAGCGAAUGUCUUCCGGAGAGCUACUGCUGUUCUCGGGGCAUGAACAUGAAGACGCAGCACACACCCAGGGAGUAGCCCUGAUGCUUUCCAAGACAGCACAGAGAGCACUCGUCGGGUGGGAGGCGCACGGACCACGGAUCAUGACAGCCUCUUUCCAUACAAGUAAGAAGAGGAUGAACGUGGACAUAAUCCAAUGCUACGCCCCGACGAACGACAGUGAGGAAGAGGAGAAGGACAACUUCUACAACAGGUUGUCAACCAUCAUACAAGACAGACCAAGGAGAAAUAUCAUAAUUCUAAUGGGAGACUUCAAUGCCAAGAUCGGCAGUGAUAACCGAGGAUAUGAGGAGACCAUGGGGAAACAAGGGCUAGGUGAGAUGAACGAAAACGGUGAGAGAUUCGCCGACCUGUGCGCCGCAAGUAACCUGGUCAUCGGAGGAAGUGUUUUCCACCACAGAAAGAUACACAAGGUAACUUGGGUGUCACCAGACAUGUCAACAAAGAACCAGAUAGACCACAUAUGCAUUGGGAGGAAGUUUCGUCGCUCUCUUCAGGAUGUACGUGUCAAGAGAGGAGCAGAUGUUGCUUCUGACCAUCAUCUACUUGUCGCCCGAUUGAAACUGAAACUGAAGAAGAGUUGGACAGGGGGGCUCAGCCAACGCCAGCGAUACAAUACUGCCGCACUGAAAGACACCAGGAAGCAAGAAGAGUUCAAGGUCACUCUCUCCAACAAGUUUCAGGCCUUAGGGGAACUGCUUGGAGAAGAGACGACAGAGCAAAAGUGGCAGAAAGUAAAAGUAGCAGUGACAUCAACAUGCCAAGAAGUACUGGGCCCCAAGUCCUACACACACAAGGAGUGGAUAUCAACAGAGACGCUGCAGAGAGUUAAAGAAAGAAGAAAAAAGAAAGAAAAUGUUAACAACAGCAAAACAAGAGCAACAAAGGCAAAAGCACAAGAAGAGUACGCAGAAGCAAAUAGGAACGUCAAAAGAAGUAUUAGAACAGACAAGCGUAACUACUUAGAGGCACUGGCAACAGAGGCAGAGGAGGCAGCUCUCCAUCACAGAACCAAGGAUCUGUAUUCCAUCAGCAAGAGAAUCACAGGAAAGUUUGCCAAACCGGAGAGACCAGUAAGGGACAAGAACGGAGGAACGAUAGCCGAUGACGAAGGGCAGAAAAAGAGGUGGAUCGAGCACUUCCAGGAGCUACUGAACAGGCCAGCUCCUGAGAACCCACCGGAGAUACUGCCAGCCACUAGUGAUCUUCCGAUCAAGUGCUACGCACCCACGAAGGAAGAAAUACACAGCGCCAUCAAGCAAUUGAAGAACGGCAAGUCUGCAGGUCCCGACAGCAUACCGGCAGAAGCGCUGAAGGCUGACGUCGAUACUUGUGUAGAGCUAUUCUACCCGCUCUUCAUCAAGAUAUGGGAAGAAGAAGAGAUACCAGCAGAGUGGAAAGAGGGAUAUCUCAUCAAGCUCCCAAAGAAAGGAAAAGUGUUUAACCGCAUCCUGCUGAACCGAAUGAAAGACGCAGUGGACCCGCAUCUCCGUGACCAACAAGCCGGCUUCCGAAAAGAGAGAUCGUGCACGGACCAGAUCGCAACCCUGCGCAUCAUUCUGGAACAAUCCUUGGAAUGGAAUUCGCCCAUGUACGUCAACUUCAUCGACUACGAAAAAGCGUUCGACAGCGUGGACCGGCAAUCCCUAUGGAAACUACUGAGACACUACGGUGUGCCAGAAAAGAUCACCAACAUCAUCAGGAAAUCUUACGAAGGGAUGACCAGUAGAAUCGUCCAUGGCAGACAGCUCACUGACGCCUUUGGAGUGAGAACCGGAGUGAGGCAAGGCUGCUUACUCUCACCUUGCCUAUUCUUGCUGGCCAUAGACUGGGUAAUGAAGACGUCGACGAACCAGAUGCGAAAUGGAAUCCAGUGGACACUCUGGGAACAGUUAGAUGAUCUAGACUUUGCUGACGAUUUGGCCCUUCUCUCCCACACCCAUCAACAGAUGCAGGAAAAGACCAGCAGGGUAGCAAACAACUCCGCUAGACUGGGCCUCCACAUCAACAGAGGGAAGAGCAAGGGGUUUAAGAUCAAUGCAUCCAACAACACACCAAUCACAGUCCAAGGCGAGGCGCUGGAGGAGGUAGACAGCUUUACAUAUCUCGGCAGCAUCCUGGAUAAAUAUGGGGGAACGGAUGAAGAUGUCAGAACCCGCAUCGGUAAAGCGCGAACAGCCUUCCAACAGCUGAAGAAUAUCUGGGGAUCCAGCACAAUUAGCAUCACCACCAAGAUCAGGCUCUUCAAUACCAUCGUGAAGCCAAUACUCCUCUAUGGAGCAGAGACCUGGAGAACCACUGUGGUCACCAUAAAGAGAAUCCAGGUCUUCAUUAACUCCUGCCUCAGGAAGAUCCUCAAAAUCCGAUGGCCAGAAAAGAUAUCCAAUGAAGAAUUAUGGACGAAAACGAACCAGCAGCCCGUUGACGAAGCUAUCCUUCAGAGACGCUGGCGAUGGAUAGGUCACACCCUCUGCAAGUCCGCGUCCAGUAUAACUAGACAAUCUCUCACCUGGAAUCCUCAAGGAAAGAGGAAGAGAGGGCGACCUAGAAACACCUGGCGCCGAGACCUGGACGCAGAUGUCAAGCAGAUGGGAAAGACGUGGGGGCAGCUGGAGAGACUCGCCCAGAACCGAGAUGCCUGGAGGAAGCUGGUCGGCGGCCUAUGUCCCAAACGGGACCACAGGCGAAGAUGA